CAUAAACUGUAUUGAGAACAAGAAACAACAGAUGCUGAAAUCAAAGAUGUCUUCCCAAAAUGUUGCUGAAAUAGUGUUUUUCGAUUUAGAAACAACGGUACCGAGAAAAGCAGGAGCGAGGAUUUGGGUCUUGGAAUUUGGUGCUAUUGUUGUUUGUCCACAGAAGCUUGAAGAGCUAGAGAGUUAUUGUACACUGAUAAGACCCACAGACUUAUCGGUGGUUAACCUCAGAUCUGGACGAGUUGAUGGAAUCACACGUGCAGCUGUUAGAACCGCUCCCAAGUUUGAAGAUGUCGCUGACAGGAUUUUUGGUCUGCUAGAUGGUAAAGUUUGGGCAGGGCAUAACAUCCACAGAUUUGACUGUCCACGCAUUAGAGAAGCUUUUGUUGCCAUUGGACGUCCCCCUCCAGUACCUGUAGGAACGAUCGACUCUUUAGGAAUUCUGACCCAGAGAUUUGGCAGGAGAGCUGGAAAUAUGAAGAUGGCAACCCUAGCUGCUUAUUUUGGAUUGGGAGAGCAAAAGCACAGGAGUUUGGCUGACGUUCGAAUGAAUUUGGAGGUUCUCAAGCACUGUGCAACUGUAUUAUUCCUGGAAUCAAGCCUCCCCGAUAUAUUGGGUUGUCCCAAUCAGGGAUCACCAACAGUUGCCACAAGAAGUAGAUACAAUGGGAGGUUAAGAUCAUAUGGAGGAGAAACAAGUCGAAAAUCUCCACCUAUUUCUAGUGUUGGAUACCAUAAAGUACUACCCUAUGCACGGAAUACUACAAUACAGAUGACGGACAGACAGAUCGAUAUUCUUUGCAAGGCAGGGUAAUGGACACCGAUAAAUAGACAACUUCCUAAAAAACCAAUCUCAAUCAGGGUUGCAAUGAAGAAAGAAGCAAACUGAAAACUAAGGUUUCAACUCCGAAACUGGUGAUGGAAAUUGGAACUUUCCUAAUCUACCUAGGUGGCAUAAAGCAUGUUUGUACAGUCACUAACUCAAGGACUCAGCAUUAUAGUCUUCUAUUAUCAUGGCUGUAAUGAUUGAUCCAUGUUAGAAACAUGACAUGCUCACUAACAGAUUAUUUGUUUUUAAUUUAUUUUAUGUACUGGUGUCAGACUGCCAGUCAAUGUAAUUUCGGUUGUGAUUCAUCUCUCAAUUCAAAAAUAAUUUUCUUA